AUGUCUGCUCCUACCUCGCCCUCGGCUGCACGCCGCUUCACCAGUCCGCCUCCACCCACCUCUCCUCCUGCUGUCGCUGCCUCUCCGGUCCCUGUGCCUGCCUCUGCUGCCGCCACUCCAGCUAGUCCUGCCGCCGCCCGUGCCGGCUCUGUCAAGCCAGCCACGCCGAGAAGCCAAGCGGCCACUCCGGCACCCAUCUCCACCCAAGCCAACUCCCAAGAAUCAGAAGAUGGCAAGGCCAUCGAGACAUUGGACAUUGACGAAAGCGUGUUCAACCAAAUAACCGAGAUGGAUGAAGAGGAUGAUUGCGAAUUUUCCAGUGAUAUUGUCCGCGAUUAUUUCAAGCAAGCUAUCACGACACUCGGAGAGCUGAACGAUGCCCUAAACCAAAAGGACUUCGCGACUCUCUCGUCCAAAGGUCACUUUUUGAAAGGUUCAUCUGCGGCGCUCGGGGUGAAAAAAGUCCAAGAGUCUUGCGAGCAUAUCCAACAUUACGGCCACAAGCGAGACGAGAUCAAGGGUGUCGAUCUCACCGAACCCCAAGCAUUACGUCGCAUCGAACUUCUCAUGCCGAGGCUGGAAAAGGACUACGAAUCGGCAAAGGCUUGGUUGAUAAACUACUAUAGUAAUCGAGGCGUCGAUCUUGAAGAGGACGAGUAA